AUGGCGUCGAAACGCAAGACAGACCCGCCGUCGGAGAAGUCGCACGGCUAUGAAUUCUUCGGACCACCCGGUGCUUUUGCCAUCUCCUUCUUCUUGCCGAUACUUUGCUAUGCCUUCACCUUUCUGUGCAAUGACAUCUCAGGAUGCCCUGCACCAUCUCUGCUUCAUCCAUCAACUCUGGACUUCGAGCAGCUGAAGAAGGAAGUCGGUUGGCCUGGAUUUUCGGGCUUGAUCACCUGGAACGCGGUCCUCGGGAACUUCGCCUACUACCUCCUCAGCCUAGCCCUGUACGCUUUCCUUCCGGCUGAAGAGCCCGAGGGUACAGAGCUUAGGACCGGAGGAAGGCUGAAGUACCGAUUCAAUGCAUGGAGCUCGGGCAUCUUCAUACUGGUCAUCCUCGCCGCAGGCACUGCCGUUGAGGGCGCUGAAUUUCCUGUCUGGACCUUCAUCUCAGACAAUUACGUUGGCCUCCUCACGACCAACAUCCUGACCUCGUACGCUUUGGCCACAUAUGUGUACAUUCUCUCCUUCACCGUCCAGCACCCAAAGGACCCCAGCCUGCGCGAGCUUGCAAUGGGCGGCCACAGCGGUAAUAUCCUGUACGAUUGGUUCAUUGGUCGCGAGCUCAACCCGCGCAUCACGCUCCCCAUCUUUGGCGAGAUUGACAUCAAGACCUGGGCUGAGAUCCGCCCUGGUAUGCUCGGCUGGGUGAUUCUCGAUCUGGCCUUCAUCAUGCAGCAGUACCGCAACUUCGGCAAAGUCACUGACUCCAUUAUUCUCGUCACAUUUGCGCAGGCUUUCUACGUCUUUGACUGCUACUACAUGGAACCCGCCAUGUUGACCACCAUCGACAUCAUCAGCGAUGGUUUCGGAUUGAUGCUUGCCUUCGGUGACCUCGUCUGGGUGCCCUUCACAUACAGCCUGCAGGCGCGCUACCUGGCUACGUACCCCGUGGAACUUGGCAUCAAGGGUUUAGUCCCCAUCUUUGCCGUCCAGGCCGUCGGCUACUACAUCUUCCGCUCCGUCAAUAACGAGAAAAACCGCUUCCGUACGAACCCCGACGACCCGCGCGUCAAGCACCUCAAAUAUAUCGAGACGGCGUCCGGCUCCAAGCUCCUGAUUACCGGCUGGUGGGGCACAGCGCGCCACAUCAACUACCUCGGCGACUGGUUCAUGUCGUGGUCCUACGUCCUGCCCACCGCGGCUGCCGGCUACGUCAUCCGCAACGCCGCAACUCAUCCGCUCGAUGCCACCUCCAAAGACGCUGUCUUCUUCCAGAACACGUACCAGAAGUACGUUGUUCCUGGCGAGGCAAAGGGCUGGGGCAUGAUCGUCACGUACUUCUUCAUGGUGUACUUUGCGGUGCUGCUCAUCCACCGCGAGCGUCGCGACGAGGAGAAGUGUAAGAAAAAGUAUGGCAAGGACUGGGAGCGGUACUGCGAGUUGGUACCGUACCGGAUCAUACCGUACGUGUACUAA